UUAUUUGCAUAGAGCGGCAACCCUGAGUCUAUCGAUAAUCCAACAGCUGACAGCAGGCCAUGCACUUCCACUGAUUUACAGCUGUUAAAAUUACAUAAAAAUGGCGAGCUCCGUAAUUCUGGCGGGUCUUGGCGUGGCCGCCGUGGGAUUCGCCGGAAAGCACCUGAUGCGCCGCAUGCCCCAGAUGACCACCAAAUUCAACGAGGCCCUCAAGAACCUACCAAAAUUCGAUGCGGAGAGCAUGGCCGCAUCCAAAUACUACAAGGGCGGCUUCGAUCCCAAGAUGAACAAGCGGGAGGCGUCCCUAAUCUUAGGUGUCAGCCCCAGUGCGUCCAAGAUAAAGAUUAAGGACGCGCACAAGAAGAUCAUGCUGUUGAACCAUCCGGAUCGAGGAGGAUCUCCCUAUUUGGCGGCCAAGAUCAACGAGGCCAAAGACUUUCUGGACAAAGCGAAGUAGUCAUCCCUUCCCCGCCAUUCGGUGCAAAUAAAGUAGUAGUUUGUGAUUAGCAUGUAAGCUGAAAGUCUUAUGCGUUUUAUUACGACGGUUGUAAAUUACAUUUUUGAGAAUUA